GCGAUAAGAAAAGCGUUUGCUGUCAGCGAUCGUCUUGUUUACAACAUGUCUGACGUGGAGUUUCACGAACAAGGAGAGCUGAAUGAUAUUUCUUUAGAAGGGGAGAUCACUGUGCCAGGUGUACCAUCUAACAAGGAUGAGUUCUCGACUCUGGAUGAGCCAGUCAAAGACACUAUCAUGCGUGACUUGAAAGCAGUUGGAGUUAAAUUUUGGCAUGUUCUGUAUCCCAAAACUAGCACAGCACUUUUGAGGGAAUGGGAUCUCUGGGGACCACUGAUACUAUGUGUGUUCAUGGCAAUGAUGUUGCAAGGAGACACCCUUGACCAGAUGCACGACGGAGGGCCCCAGUUUGCGGAGGUGUUUGUCAUAUACUGGGUAGGAGCCGUGGUUGUGACGCUUAACACAAAACUUCUUGGAGGAAACAUCUCAUUUUUCCAGAGUGUGUGUGUGCUGGGCUACUGUGUCUGUCCUCUCUCCAUCGCUCUGAUAAUCUGCCGCUGUAUACUCAUCGCCAAGGUGCAGACCACCGUGCUCUUCAUCAUCAGAUUUGUUGCUGUUGUUGUUGGUUUCGGCUGGUCAACAUUUGCAUCCACUGCGUUCCUGGCAGAGAGCCAACCCCCGAACAGAAAGGUGCUGGCCAUGUACCCGAUAUUCCUCUUCUAUUUUGUCAUCAGCUGGCUCAUCAUCUCACAUACCCACUCAUAGCCUUGGACAAGGGCUUAUCAGACUUUGAUUUCUACAAGUCGAGGGUUACAUGAAAAACUGUUGUAUCUGAUACUGGAAGUGUUUUACAGAUACAACAGUUUAACAGUUGAUCCUCUAUUAACUCUAUUUAUUAUAUUGAAGUGGUGUUUUGUUGCAACUAAUGAAGAAUGACAUGCGUUUUAAGUUCACCGUUUGUUGAGCAGACAUGCUAUGCAUGUUUAAAUUGCAGUUUUAGACAUUCGCUCUCGCCAGUUUGAAGAAAAAAACUCAAUUGGUGUCCCCUUAGGGCGAUAAAAUGACAGACAUAUAUCAGGAAUGGAGAAAAGACAAAAU